GUCGUGCCGUAGUGGCUUUCCACCAACGCCAGCCACAUAAACUAUGAAGGUAUUUUAAUUCUGUUUCUAUUUUUCAGAAGCUUCUUCAAUAAAAGUCAUCACGUUUAUUUUGUUUUGUGUAACUACUUUGUACUAUUGCAAAAUAAAAUAUCAACUCAACUUAGUUUUUGUUUCAAUAUUAAAUGACGUCAGAAUCUAGAUACGUCAUGAAAGAGUGACGUCAAUCAGUCCCCAUACGUCACUUCAAAGCAUGACGUCAUUGUGAUUCUAUGUGUCUUGUUGUGACAUAUCUAUGAAAGGAACGGUUUCGGUGAUUUUUUGCGUGUUUUUGCGAUGUGGCGUUUUGUUGUGUAUUGAGUAUUGAUCAAUCGCUUGUUUUAGUUUUGUAUAAUUAUUCCUAAGACUUCUACUGUAUAUUUAGACGUUAGUCAGUUGUUAAAACAUGGAAGGGACUAUACAACCAAGCCAAAGUGCCCAGCAAUGUUAUUCAAAACUACAAAAACUUAAAGAACUUCGGCAAAAAACAGUACAAGUUGAGAAAAUGAAACUUUCCAUAAAAGAUUCGCUUCAUAAUGCUGAGGAAGAAGCAAAAUCACUCAAAGAAUAUAAGAAGGAGAUUUCUUACUUGUUGCAGGAGAAGAUGGCCCACGUUGAGGAAUUGCGAUUGAUACAUACUGAUAUCAACACAAUGGAAAACCUGAUCAAGCAAAGUUCAGCCGAACGUAGCAACUUGAUCCACGAUAGCCAGAGGUUGAUGGAGCAGUACAAACCCCUUAAACUGGAGAUCGAAGUUUUGCGGCAGGAGAUUGGGUUGGAACAUCUAGAAGCGGAUGAUGCAGAGUUUUCUGUGGAGAUGCUACAAGACAUAGACGCUGGCAUGACUCGUAUGCAAGAUAAACAAGCAGAGAAAAUGAUGUUUAACAUCGAACCUGGUGAAGCAAAACCACCAGUAGUUCGUGUGAAUAACGAGAACAAACCAACUUCAUCACAGCCCCCUCCCAUGAAGGCUUGUUUAUCCUGCCAUCAACAAAUCCAUCGUAACGCACCAAUCUGUCCACUCUGCAAAGCAAAGAGCAGAUCAAGGAAUCCAAAGAAACCAAAGAAAUCUCUUAAAACUGAUGAAUAAACUUAGACUUCUAUGUUUUCGCAUGCACUGUUUGUGUACUUGUUGUAACUUCUCGAUAUUUCCACCAACAGACCUAUGUUUAAAGCUUGGCAAAUUCCAAAUAUUUUUUAUUUUUUUUAAAGUUUUUUCUAUUUUUAUUUUUUUUAUUUUUCUCAAAUGAUAGCGAAUUGUGUUAAAACACGAAGAAAAGGACUUAGCAGUAAAACGGCAGUCAUAUUUCGUAUAUUUUUAUUUGAGUAAAUUUUAGUUGCUUACCAUAUUAAUUAUGCAUUUGAUAUAUUUUUCAAUAGUGGUGCUCUACUGUUGUGCUAUGUUUAGCAAUGGAAACAUUGACACAAAUAUUUAACAAAAUGCUGUUGAACUGCUGUGUUUUUAUUGUCACGCGUAUUUUUUAUGUAUAAUUGUUAAUUUUGUUGUAAUGUUUAUAUAAUCCCGUACUAUGUGUUGAGUAAUUGCUUACGUGUGCAAUUGUAGCCACCCAUUCAAUAAUCAUUUCCUCACAUCUUGUUUAAAACA